AUUCUAAUCACCCAAAAGUAAGAAGAAAAAAAAAAAAAAAAAAGCACUUGAAUCAAUGCCUGUGCGCGGCUACUACAUGCCGCCGGUGGGAUCCCCAAAAGAAUUUCAAUUAAUCCAAUAUUCUCUUCAUUCUUAAUAUACUCUAUUACUAAUACUAGAAGUUGUAGUGUGCGACUAGUAAUGCUAGUAUUGAGAUUCAUCAAAUUAAAAAUGUUGUUGUGUAGGAAAAAAACUUGUGUUGAUGUUGGUGGUUCGAUUCCAGUCUACCUCAAUGUCUACGACAUUACUCCGAUUAAUGGAUAUGCUUAUUGGUUCGGCCUAGGGGUGUACCACUCGGGUGUACAAGUGCACGGAGUCGAGUACGCAUUUGGAGCGCACGAGUACCCCUCUACGGGGAUUUUCGAGGGGGAGCCGAAGAAAUGCGAAGGAUUUAUAUUUAGAAAGUCGAUACUAAUAGGAUGGACAGAGUUAGGAGCAGAGGAAGUAAGGAAAGUGAUGGAGGAAUUCUCAAAGGAGUAUAAAGGGAAUGCUUAUAAUCUUAUUACCAAGAAUUGUAACCAUUUUUGCAAUGAUGCUUGCAUUAAGCUUACAGGAAAUCAUAUCCCAACUUGGGUUAAUCGCCUCGCUCGAAUAGGAAUUGUAUGCAAUUGUGUGAUUCCGGUGAGUAUAACAACGACGAGAAUCCAGCAACAGAAGCAUCGUAGACAAGAAAAAAACGGGAAUGAACAAGUGAACAAGAACACAGAGAGCAGCUCAUCAAAGAGGUUCAAUAAUACAUCAUCUAAUUCAUCAUCUUCUUUAUCAUCUUCGCCGCCUUCGGAAUCUGUUAAUGUUAAUAAUAAGAAUUGCAAAACAAAAUCAGUGACACCUUCUUCACCCUUAAUAUUGGGUUGUUCUCCUACUAGUAGCAAAUAGGUACAAAUUAGUACAGAGUUAGAAUUUGUUUUACAUGGUCAACCAAUUAGAUGUGAUGCUGUACAAAAUUAACAUGUCUAUUUUGGUUUUUUUCCAGCAUUAAUCAAGUUUCAU